AAAAAUUGGAACCCACUCGUCGUGGGUUGGGGGUUAUUUAUUUCUUAUUAGUGGGAGUGGAGGAUCGUGGCAGAGGCGGUAACCGUCUUAACCGUCACGAGCAAAAACUAAGAAAACACUAAGAAUAUCAAGUGAAUGCUUUUUCUUCAUCUUCGUCUCUACUAAACUAUGAAGAGAGAAAUGGAAGGGAAAGGAGAAGAAAUAAGGAAAGGGCCAUGGAAAGCAGAAGAAGACGCAGUGUUAAUCAACCAUGUCAAGAGAUAUGGUCCCAGGGACUGGAGCUCCAUUCGAUCCAAAGGCCUUUUGCAGAGAACCGGCAAGUCCUGCCGUCUCCGAUGGGUCAACAAGCUUAGACCCAACUUGAAGAAUGGGUGCAAGUUUACGGUACAAGAAGAGAGAAUGGUGAUAGAUUUGCAGGCACAGUUUGGGAACAAAUGGGCUAGAAUCGCUACGUAUUUGCCUGGAAGGACUGACAAUGAUGUUAAGAAUUUCUGGAGCAGUAGGCAGAAGAGGCUGGCUAGGAUUCUGCAGAAUUCUGCGACACCCUCCAACUCCAAAUCCCAGAAAACCAAAGUGGACUCCCCUGAUAUGGAGGCAACAAAGUUUUGCUCGUCAAUGGAGGAUGAAUCAUCAUCAACGCUACAAUCCUGCUCAUCAUCCUACAUCGACAAUUCUGAGACCAUCAAAAUGGUACUAUUGCCUGAACUUGUGAAGCCUAAUUUACCCAGUCUUGAUGUUGACCUUACUCAGUUGGAAAAACAGCGAUGCACUGAUGUCCAAUUAGAAACCCCCUUUAGCCAACCAGACCUCACAUUCUCGCUGGAAAGCCAAGAACUUGUGGCAAGAUUUGAGGACUCUAACUUUUCUCAAGUGUUUGCAUCAGUAAGUGCUGAUGCUCCUGAACUAGGAGGACAUGUACCUCUUGCACAGCCAUUCUUUGAGCCAGUUCUAAGAACGAGGGAUGAAAGUGGAGUUGACCCUUUGGCAUUGGAUGCAUUCGAUGAAUUCCCCACUGACAUGUUUGAUCAAUUGGACCCCCUUCAAAGUCCAUGAGAGUGAUUAGAUAAGUAUGCAGCCCCUAACUGUACAAGGUCUGUAUUUAUGCAGGUUUGUAGGAGGUUCUCUUGUUUCCACUUUGUGUUGUGAUUAAAGAAGUUGUUGAUCAUGUAAAAACACUAAACUGAAGAUGGUUUGUGUUCUCAUUUCUAUGCUGAUCCCAUUACAAUGUAUAAAUUAGGAGAUGGAAAAAUCAAUUUAAUAGACCUGU